UGGUUUUGCCAUCUUGUCCAACAUGAGUGAAGCGAGAUCUUCUCCUCCCAGUCAAAACACUAGCCUUUCCGGUACUCCCAAGUUGUUGUUUCGUAUUAUCAAAACGGAACGCCCCAAGCCGACAUUUCAUGCUCCAAUACCUUUUAUUCGUCCAUUGUUUUAUGAACAAGUUGACCGUAAGUCAAGCUAUGAAAAAGAUUUUGAAGUAACCACACGCGAAAGUUCGCCUCGGACCGCUGAAGAUAGCUGUUUUGGAAUAACUUCAAAUGUAUCACAUACAAGCAACUUUAACAUCUAUCGUGGAGAAUCGGUUCACUUGACUUUGGUAUUGCUCAACGCGUCGAGCUCAGAUCUCGGUUUCGUGAGUGUUCUUGUACGUUUACAGACAUCAGAGGGAAGCUACUGUCUGUUGGAUACCCAAUCUUCUCCAAAUAAUAUAUUUACAACUCAAGCUUCUCUGGAAUACAACUUGCAGUUUGUUGCAAAAGUUGUGGGAAAUUAUGCUUUGCAGUGUUUUGCGUUUUACACAGAUGUGGAUGGUCAAGAACAUACGAUAUCUCAGUCUUACCGUUUUACUGUCCAUCUCUGUUUGAACUUUAUCUAUGAUAUCCGUUUGGUAGAAGAAGAAACAGAUUGGGAGUUUUUUGCUUCAUUGCAUCCUUCAAGUGUUUAUAUCGUGGACUGUUUUAUAUACAAUGUUUGUCAACUGCCAGUUUAUUUACAUGAGGUUCAUUUUUUACUUUCAGAUAACAUUGGCUGUGAAAGAGGCUCUAAAGAGGAUCAGAAUCCUUCGAUAAUAGUAAAAGAUUUGAACAUACCUUCAGUUGGUGGAGAAGAGCGAACAAAUGAAUCGCUUAUUUUGAACCCGGGAGACUGUCAAACUUUUACUUAUUUGGUGUAUAGUGCGAUAGAGGAUCCUCUUCGUAGAAAGUCCUCUUCACGAGCGAAGAAUGUUCUUGGAAGCAUAUAUGCCAGUUUUACUCGUUUUGGUGGAGACCGUGUCGUAUUGGAUCCCGCACUUACUGUAGAGGAGCCUAAGAUGAGUCAGGUUUCUAUGGUGACUAUAGAAGUCGUUGGAGUUCCUUCAAAGAUCGUCGUUGAAUGUCCUUUUGUUGCUACUAUGAAAGUUGUUAAUCGUACAUCGCAAUCCAAAAAGUUUUAUUUUCAGGUAAGAAGAGACAAAGUGGGAUCUAUUGUUCCCAUUGGAGUAUCUGGGCGUCUGUUGGAAACUUUACAACCGAAUCAGAGUUGCAAAUUGGACAUGCAACUCAUAGCAUUGGAACCUGGUGCUCAUUUCUUAUCCGGUUUUCGAGUCGUUGAUGUGGAGUCAAGGGAAUAUUAUGAAGCAGCAUCCAAAGAAGUAAUUGUUCAUUCAGUAUUGGAAGAAAAUAUUGAAGAAAUGGAAUAGUUUAGUUGGAACAAGUUGAUAUGCAAAGAAACCAUUUUCGAUAAGAUAUUUAUUCAUGUCUAUAUGUGUACGUUUGAUGAUAGAGAAUGUUGUCGUGUGGACGUUCUCUCUCUCUCUCUCUCUCUUUUUUUUUGGUUAUAUAUAUAUAUAUAUAUGAAAGGAAAUAUAGUUGUUGUAUGAAUGGAUAAAAUUGAAAACGAGUUU